AACCCACAUGGCCAUCUGGGACUUAUGGUUUGCCAAAAACGAAUGAUAGUUGUCCUGCAGGCUGGGUGCAAGGCUCAAGGAAACAAGACAUGGAACGCGAUGGUACCUUUCAAAGUGCUUUCUCCUCUCCGUUCAAUAUGGAUGCAGUUCUAAAUCAAGCUGGAAGAUAUAUCAAACGAAACUUUUGUAUGAAAACAUUCAGUAAUGGAAAAAAUAAGGCGUGGCCAGUUGGUAGGUAGUAUACAGCUUAUUAUACUCUAUGAUCCCUCCGACCUACAAUAUUUCAUAGCUCAGGACGUUUUUCUGGACAGGUGGUUUGUCAGGUCGGAAUGGGCUGGUAAACAUGUGUAGGUUAACGCUUGUGACAUCGCAAACGGAAGUAGAAGAUGUAGGCUAUAGUUUUAGGCUGAUACUUCACUAGUAAUUAUACACAACAUUUAAACUUUUAAAAAGAUCAUGAUUUUUCUGUGUUGGUGUAAUGUACUCAGGUGAAUAUGAUGCUUGUGGUGUUACUCUGAGUGUAUAUCCACACCGGGCAAGCUUGAAAAUAUGCCUGACCACGGUGGGAAUCGAACCUACGACGUUUGGAAUACUAGUCCAAUGCUCUGCCAACUGAGCUACGCGGUCUGGUCGGUCACAUACUCGAACCGACCAGACCGCGUAGCUCAGUUGGCAGAGCAUUGGCCUAGUAUUCCAAAGGUCGUAGGUUCGAUUCCCACCGCGGUCAGGCAUAUUUUUCAAGUUUGCCCGGUGUGGAUAUACACUCAGAGUAACACCACAGGCAUUUUAAAAAGAUGCUGUAAAGUCCGUUCUGCGCAGGCCGACAAUGGCCGAUCAUUGGAAUGUUAUUUAUAUUUCGCACAUUCAGAACUUUCUUGAAUUGAAUCUCUAGUCUGUAUUCAUUUUCAAGCAUAGCGAAUCAGAAGAGUGUUAAAAAUUCAGUAUAAUAUAUAUCUAAUCAUAUUUUACAACUGCAGCACCGAGUUCAAAAUGUAAAGAAAGCGUUUGUUUACAUUACAGACUUUACAGCAUCUUUAAAUUUCCAAUAAAUUUCCAAUAAUAGUUUUACGUCCGUUAUUACAACAAUUGUAAUUCCUGUUGCAGUUUGCUGGUUUUUGCAGUGUUAUAUAUAACAUGUAUAUGCCAUAGAUAUCUUAUAUACACUAGAUAGUGCAUCUAAUUAUUCUGAAAUUCAAAAAUUGAAGCCGUGAUUGCAGUCUCAGGUCGUUCCCAUGAAAUUAGAAGAUUCGUAUGUUUUCUAUUUCUUAAACAGGGAACUUAAACAUUAAGUUAACCCUAUUCCAAAUACGUUUUUAAAAUAUUGAAAUGAUGAAAAUUAUUGUUGUUUUUAAGCGUUUACUAGCAAGUGGGAACGACCAACAUGGCCGCCAUCUAUUCAAAUGGGGGUAACCGCUGGAAUAUUGUUGGCUUCAAUUUUACUAAAAGAGAUGCGCUAUCUAGUGUAUAUAAGAUAUCUAUGGUAUAUGCACGCUACCUAGUAGCUGCGCAGACGUUGUUAGUGGCCAGCGUACCUAGGCCCCACCUAACGUCUGCUCACAUUCCACUGCACAUUCACUUAUGCAAUCAUCGUCCCGGCAAUUAACCAAUCACAAUCAUCUACACGAUAAUUGAAAGAUCUACUACCUUCACAUGGAAAACCCAAAAUACAAAAAUAUAAUCAUGGAGGGCUAUUAUCUGUAGUAUUUUUAAAGUUGAAAGUUUUACUGCGCAUCAGAAAAAGGCUUUUAAUUCUAUUAUAAACGAAAAGGAUGUUUUCUGGAGCAGCAAAAUUAGUACUUAUUUAUCAAGCUUUACCAAAGCUAUUCAAUGUAAUAUUUGGUAGUAUUUAAAAAUUUAGUAAUCGUGGUUUCGCCAUUGAUAAAUUUAAUGCGAGAUAAAGUAAAAAGCUACGCGAUCUAGGUGUCAGCCCUGUGUCGUUAAGGCCUGAUUCCACGGGCGCUUUUUCUUGGCGAAAUGCGAAAUAUUUCGCCUGUUUCUUUUGAACUGUGAUCAAUCAAGUAGAAAUAAUUUAUUCGAGUAGUCGCAAUUCAAAAGAAACAGGCGAAAUAUUUCGCAUUUCGCCGAGAAAAAGCGCUCGUGGAAUCAGGCCUUUAAGUGGAAUUGAGAGCGAUGAAGAAGCGAAGGCAUUGGAAGAAGGAAAAUAUUCUGUAUUAUAUGGAACACCAGAGUCAUUGCUGAAUAUCGAACGAUGGAGGCUAAUGCUUUCCAACAAAGUAUAUAGCAAAAUGGUUUGUGCUUUGGCUAUUGAUGAUGCUCGUGUGAUCGUUGACUUCGCUUUUAAUCCAGUAGACGCCAUGAACGCUACAGCGUACCUAUUUUUUCUCAAGGGCUGGGUAAAAAGUGUAAUAUGUAAUAUGUAAAAUUCUGAAGGGUAGUACUAAAAAAAAUAGUUAUUAAGGGUUUACAUGAGAGGGUUGAGGUGUGUGAUGUUGAUGGUGGCCAUCAUAUAAACUUGCUUGUACUACAGCAAUAGAUAAUACGAGGGCAACGUAUAAAAAGACAAAUUUAAGACAAUAUAAAAUAAGACCAUUAUAAAAUGGCCAAGGCCGAUUGAUUCCUGUGGGUUUGAGAAUUACAAAACCGAACACAUUUUUAGGAUUUAUUAUGCUGUAAAUACAUACCAUUGUUUAAUCAUAUGAGCUUCAUCAAUAGCCAAAGCACAAACCAUUUUGCUAUACACUUUGUUGGGAAGCAUUUGUCUCCGUCGUUCGGUCUUCAACAAUGACCCUGGUGUUCCAUUAUAUAAUAUGUAAUAUUUCCCUUCUUUCAAUGCCUUCGCUUCUUCAUCGCUCUCGAAUCCACUUGACACUACUAAAUGUUUACCACCAAAUAUUACAUCGAAUAGCUUUGAUAAAGCUUGAUAAACAAGUGAUUUUCUUGCGUGACUUGGGAGAUUUACGAAAACAUCCUUUUCGUUUAUAAUAUUAAGAAUGAAAUUGAAAAGCCUUUUCUUGGUAUGCAGUAAAACUUUCAACUUUAAAAAUACUAGAGUUAGAGAUAAUAGCCCUCCAUGAUUAUAUUUUCGUAUUCUCAGGGACCGCGGAGCCUGUUUCAGAGUGUGUGUGUAUGUGUGGGGGGGGAGGGGGCAGGAUAACACGGAAGCUAUGCCACGCAGGCAGGCUGGAUUUUAUCCGGUAAUUUUCUACCGUUUUUCUACAAUUUUUCUUAGCUACCUAGUUUGGCCUGUUAUAAUAUAGACAUCGAAUGGAACAAAAAUACAAACUGCCAAAUUGGCAUAAACAAGUGCUUAUCGGUCCGUUAAUCUUAGUCACCAUACUGCAUGCAUACAGUAUAGACAUGAUAUAGACAGAUAUACAUUAAAUGUAUUUCUUCAAUUUAAGGAUCAUACUGUAUUUACAAGAAAAACCCUUGUCCGGUUGGUAUGACUGUCGGCUCAAUACAUUGGGACGACAAUGACGGCGGAAAAAAUGAAGAAGAUGGUAUUUUACCAGAUGGUACAUAUGGUAUUGAUACAGAGAUAAAGUAUUGCUGUCGUGACCAGGGUAAUUGGUAUUAUCCAAUCGAGUUACCAGUUGGUGUACCAAUCUUCUUGCUACCAUACAAAUCUAAGAAUUGUCAACGUGUGAAGUGGGCUAUUAGUAAACUGCAGUUUAUAACAUAUGAUACGGACAAUAAUCAAAACAUGGAUAGUUUUAAGGGGAGUCAUGUGUAUGCAGAAAACAAACAAAGUAAUUUACCUACCGUUUAUUAUUGCUAUUAUGAAGGUACGUAUAUACGUUUUACAUUAUAGCAAGUUUCCUAAACACUAUUUUCUACCGCGAAUUUUUUCUAAACAAUGUGGAAAGCGACUUUUCAACGUUGUAACUGUCAAUUUAUCCUUAUACACACAACUAUAUAUACAUUGAUGCGUACAUUCUCUGAUUUCGGAGAGCACGGAGGCAGUAGCCAAAAAAUGGAGUAAAUCUGGGCGUGAGAAGGGCAUUAUAUUAAAUUCGAUCUUCCGAUUUGUCUCGCUCGUGAUUAUCAUGUUGAUAACGGAAUAUUGGUCUUUCCCUCCUUUAAAUGGUCUGUUAGAGCCGAGCUUAGAACACUCCCAUGGAUCAGUACGCAAUUUUCGCAGUGCUUUGAGGGACUGUCAGAUAUACUGCUGUUUUAUAAUCAGCAGCCAUUUCGGGUUUGUUAGCAAAGUUUCAUUUCUAUUAUUUUGGCCUCACUGGUCAAAAAUGGUCCAAAAUACUGCAAAGUCAUUGCCAAACAAUUGAUUGCACCUAUGUCAGAAUAUACAAUCCAACCUUGUCUUUUUUCCAUGUACUCGUAGAAACUACUCCCGAAUUAAUAUGUGCAGAUCAUAUUCUCUACAGGACGAUUUAAUAUCUAUACGGAAAUAGUACUUCCACGAUUUGUCCUUAGUUUUCAAUCUUUGCAAGGUCAUAUAACCAUAGUUUUUAAUCUAUAUAUCUAGAAUAGAAAACAUCUAAACCUUUAAAAACAAUCUUCCAAUAAUGUUGAUAUGCUGUACUUUUCCCUUGUCGGCAACUUUUUAAACGUUCACUGCCCUUGUUUUAUCUUGUUGAUAUCUUUUAUUUUCCAGGAUGCCAAUUUAAAAAUAUAAAUGCUGAAUCUCCGUCGUCGAUUUCUAUUUUAACUUCUCCAAACCAAGAUUUUCAACAUUGUUCCUGGUUAUUGUCCGUCAAAUAUGGAAACAUCAGUCUUACUUUUAACUCAAUGUCUGUACCUGACUGCUCGAAAGGCAACUUUAUUGAGAUCUAUGAUGGUCCCAAUGAUCAAGCACCAACGAUAGCAAGAUACUGUGGUACUACAACAGUGACAGGCGGCAGUAUCACAUCCACCGGCACGCAUCUGUUUAUGUUGGUCAAAUCGGGAAAUAAUUUGCAAAUGGGAAUUACAGUUGCUUAUCAUGCCACUUUCAAAAGUAUGUUGGUUUUUAUAUCAUUUUCGAAAGCAUAUCAAACUUGCAUGUGUACUGCCCUGGUUUGUCUUUGA